UAUCCACACCGCUACAUGCCUAAACAUAUGUACUUAAGUGUAUUACGAGGUAAUACAUAUAUAAGCAAUAUAAGUCACCGCUCCGCCUCAGUAGCACGCGGUCACUCGAGGAAAAUGUUGUUCAAAACAUUACUAAUCUUUUUUGUUGUCGGUCAAACGUUAGCGUGCCAGAGGAAAGUCGAAAAUGCAGACACAUCAACAGGAUCGCUACAAAAUGACGAAUCGACCGGACCAAGGAGACAAUCAACAGAGGAAGGUCCCCUGACUGUGACCCCGGCGGGCCCCAUUCGAGGGUCCUGGAUGGAGACGCGCCGUGGACGUCCGUUCCAAGCUUACCGCGGCAUCAGAUACGCUGAACCACCUGUGGGGGAGUUGAGAUUUAAGCCCCCAGUACCCAUUCUUCAUUACAAAAAAGAGGUGGACGCAAGCAAGGAAGGUCCAGCGUGUCCUCUACCAGUACCACCCACCUACUACAUCGACGAGGACUGUCUCACUAUCAACGUCUACACACCGAAUAAUAACAGUACCAAACCCCUGCCUGUGAUAUUCUUCAUUCACGCAGGCGGGUUCUACUCCAUGACUGGUCGCAGCGACCUCGCCGGUCCCCAUUACCUCCUGGACAGAGACAUCGUACUGGUCACCAUCAACUACCGACUCGGAUCGCUUGGAUUCCUCAGCACCGGCGACGCGCUGGCUCCCGGCAAUAAUGGCUACAAAGACCAGGUUGUAGCUCUACGUUGGGUCCAGAAGAACAUCCGGGCAUUCGGUGGGGACCCGGGGCUGGUCACCAUCGCUGGUUGCAGCGCUGGCUCCUUCAGUGUUAUGCUGCAUAUGCUCUCACCGAUGACAAAAGGCUUAUUCCACCGCGCCAUAUCCAUCAGUGGUUCUCCAAUCAACCAGUUACCUGACCGACAUGACCUAUACUCCUUGGCAGUGAAGCAGGCCGAGCUGGUGGGAUGUCCAACGAGUAACUCCAAAGCGAUCAUCGACUGUCUGAAAACGAAACCAUUCAGAGAAAUAGGGGAUUCGCUUGUUGGAUUCUUUAACCAAUUUUACGACCCAACCCUGCUAUGGUCGCCAGUAGUGGAGCGGGACUUCGGUCAGGAGCGGUACCUCACCAUGAGGCCCAUCGACGCCGUCCGACAGGGCAAGAUGCAUGCUGUCCCUUACAUUAUAAGUCAAACCCAUGACGAGUUCUUCUGGAAAGCCUUUCCUGUCGUGCAAAACAAAACUCUUCGUGACACCAUGAACUCAGAAUGGGACCAAUACGCCCCUAUAAGUUUUCAACUAGCAAAGGACGAGACUGCUGUACCUUCGGCUAGAAAACUCAGGCAGGCGUACCUUGGAGACAAGCCAAUAGCUGAAAAUAAGGAGAGCGCAGACGGUCUUGGGAAGUUGUAUGCAGAUGCUCUUAUAGGAUUUGGUGUACACAGGCUAGUGAACCUGAUGUGCCGCCACUCGCCGCAUAAGGUCUACUACUAUCAGUUCGCCUACGUGGGCACGCACAGCCACUACGAGGAUCCUGUUACCAACAAAUCUAUAGCCGCCUCCCACCAUGAUGACCUGAUCUACCUGUUCACGCUGAGCUACCGCUUCCCGACCAUCCAAGUGAGCGACAGCAAGGACUCCGUAAUGGUCGACCGGAUGACGGCAGUAUGGUACACCUUUGCUAAACACGGCGACCCAAAUCCCCGCGGCAACGAGCUGCCGGAGCUGUCGACACUGCAGUGGCCGGCCAUGACUCCGACGGCGCGCAAGUACCUCAAGUUCGACCGACAGUUCACAGUCGAGGAGAACAUGUUCGAGGACAGGUUCAAAGUGUGGGAAGAACUGUACCCUGUUGAAUAUUAAAGUACAGUUUGAUUAAAGAAAACCAACUUUUGUUAUACUCGGUUAAUUAGAAUCAAUAAACACUAUUUAAUUUGGAUA